AUGUCUCCCCCCUCCCAUCCCACAUCAAUUCUCAUCCUCGGCUCCGGCGCCUUCGGCCUCUCCACUGCCCUCGCCCUCACAGCUCGCCCCUGUUUCACCAACACCCGCAUAACACUCUUAGACCGCAGUCCCUUCCCCUCACCAGACGGUUCCUCCAUCGACACCUCACGGAUAAUCCGUGCCGACUAUAGCGACCCUUCCUACGCCUCUCUCGCUGCCUCCGCGCAAUCCCUCUGGCGCCAACAAGGCCCUUCUGAGCUCGGAGGAGAAGGACGAUAUUCAGAAUGCGGGUUGGUGCUCGUAGCAGACAAGGGGCGACAAGGAGAGAGAUACGUGCAAGAAAGUCUCGAAAACGUGAGAAAGAUCUCAGGGCAGGAAGGGGAGGGUACAAUACGGGAAUUGAAGAAUCGGAAAGAGAUCGACGAAGCUGUUGGGACCGGUGGGGGCUCAGGAGAUUGGGGAUACGUCAACACGUCCUCUGGGUGGGCAGACGCAGAAGAGGGAAUGAAGUGGAUGCGUCGACGCGCUGAAGCUACAAACCGCAUCUCCUUUGUCGUCGGCGAAGCAACUUCCCUUCUUAAAAACGGGAACAAGGUCCUCGGCGCCACUCUCAAAGACGGCUCCACCCUAAAAGCAGAGUUCACCAUCGUCGCAACAGGCGCUUGGACAGGGAAACUCAUCGACCUCCGCGGCCGCGCUACGGCUACAGGACAGGUUCUUUGCUACCUCGACUUAACAGAGCAGGAGCAGGAACGCCUAGGGAAAAUGCCGGUUUUGCUUAACAUGAGUACGGGGAUGUUCAUCAUCCCUCCCAAGAACCGCGUCUUAAAGAUAGCUCGCCACAGCUACGGAUACGCCAAUCCGGUUUCAAUUCCUCACCCGUCCCCGUCCCCGUCCCCAUCCUCUUCGGGAGAGAGGAUCGAAGUCAGUGUCCCGAGAACCGCUCUGGAUGAUAAGCAGCUCUGGGUCCCGCGCGAAGGCGAACUCGCCUGCCGUCAAGCGCUACGGGAGAUGAUCCCUGAGUUGGGCGAGAGGAAGUUUAGCAAGAGUAAGAUCUGUUGGUACACCGACACGCCCUCCGGAGACUUCUUAAUUGACUAUCACCCCGAACACGAGGGGUUGUUUUUAGCGACGGGAGGCUCUGGGCACGGAUAUAAGUUUUUGCCGGUUAUUGGGGAGAGGAUUGUGGAUGUUGUAGAAGGGAAACAUGGGGGGUGGGAGGGCGUGGAAAGGGAGCUGAGGGGGAAGUGGAAGUGGCGGGAGGAGAAGGUUGACAAGGUUGUUACGGAGGAUGGGUCACGGGGCGGUAGACCGGGGAUGGUGCUUGAUGAGGAGUUGAGGAAGGGGAUCUAUCGUGCUUGA